GGACAGCGCUGCCGCCCCUCAGCGGCCCGACUCGAGUGCUCCUUGAACCCCACAGUAACUGACGCAACAUCUUAAGGUGGUGCUGGCCUCAUUCAAUUCAGCUUGCGGUGGUCCAUCAUGUUCUUGUCCGCCUUCACCCUCGCCGCCCUCGUAGCGCUCGCCAGGGUUGCAUGGUUUCUGUACCGACGCUCUGUAGUCAAGUCGCCAUUACGGACUCUGCCUGGUCCGCCGAGCAAGUCAUGGCGUACUGGACAUCUCGGGCUACUUUACAACCCGUACGGAAUGAAAUGGCAUCAUGAGCUGAACCAGAAAUAUGGAGGCGUCGCAAAAAUCAAUGGUAUUUGGGGUGAUGAGCAACUUUACAUUGCGGAUCCCAAGGCCUUGCAUCACGUCUGUGUCAAGGAAGUCGACAACUUCGAAGAAACCGAUAUCUUUGUCCUUGGAAACCAACAAAUCUUUGGCGAUGGACUCCUCUCCACGUGGGGUGCUAAGCACAAACAGCAACGUCGCAUCCUCAAUCCCAUCUUCUCGACCAGCCACAUGCGCGAUGUCACUCCCGUCUUGUAUCACGUGAUUCACCUCCUCAAAGACAGAAUCGCCGAGUCCACGGCAUCAGGUCCCGCGAAAGUAGACAUGCUCGAUUACAUGAUGCGUACUGCUCUCGAGGGCAUCGGCCAAGCCGGUCUCGGUCACUCUUAUGAGGCUUUAUCGAAAGGUGACGGUAACUCACCCUUCCGCCUCGCUUUGAGAGGCUUGAUUCCGGCGAUCUUCUCUCUACAAAUCGAGCGUCAAAUGCUGCUGCCGGCCAUCCUGUCUAUCACAAGUCCGUCGAUCCGCAGACAGCUGGUGGAUAUGACGCCUAGUCGGCGCCUGCACAAAUUGCGGGACAUUGUUGACUGCAUGUACAAGACGAAUAAGCAAGUCCUUGAAGAGAAGAAACAGGCGCUCAGGGAAGGCGAGGAGAAGGUCUCCAAACAGGUCGGCCAAGGAAGGGACAUUGUCAGCGUAUUGUUACGUGCUCUGGAGAACAGCUCAGAGGAGGACGGCAUGUCCGAUUCCGAAGUCCUUGCUCAUAUGACCACGCUGGUCUUUACCUCCCACGAUACGACAUCUUCAACAUUGGCUCACAUAUUGCAUUUCCUGGCCAUACAUCCUGACGUCCAGGAGAAGCUGAGACAAGAAAUCAAAACUGCCAAGGACCAAUGGGAGAAGGAGCACAGUACCAGGGACAUUGCAUAUGACGAGCUCAACGAGCUUCCAUUCCUCGAGAACGUCAUCCGUGAAACUCUGAGAUUAGAGGCUCCGGUAACCUUCAUGUCCCGAACUGCUCGUGCAGACUCUGUCAUGCCCUUGUCCCGACCCAUCAGGGGUACUGACGGGCAACUGAUCACUGAGGUCCCUGUCGCGAAGAAUCAGAACGUCAUCAUCGGCAUCGCAGCUGCAGACCGUGAUCCCGAAAUUUGGGGAGACGACGCUGCGGAAUGGAAGCCUGAGCGAUGGACAGACGGCGUCCCCAAGCGCGCAGCGGAGGCACAUUUGCCCGGUAUCUACGCUGGAACCAUGGCUUUCUUGGGUGGAGGCCGAGCUUGUAUCGGCUAUAAGUUCGCCCAGCUGGAGAUCAAACUUAUCAUCUCGGUGCUGAUUGAUCAUUUCCGUUUCUCGCUUUCCGACGAGGAGAUCACCUGGCACCUUGCCAACAUCCAGAUGCCCUAUGUCGAGAGCAGAGUCUCGGAUGGUCCCACUUUGCCCUUGACGGUCGCCCGGCUUUGA